UUUUUUCCUGUUAUUUUUCAGGUGAAGAGAUUAUAAACUGUCCACUGAAUGAAAAAAUUUUUCUUCAAGUGGCAUAUAUUCCAAGAAAAAACCCCAAAUGUUGCAUUUUGCCUGAAUACAGAAUUUAAACAAGGAGUUUCCACAGAAGCUCUGUGGCUGUCACCAUGUUCUGGAAGUUUGACUUGAACACCACAUCCCACGUUGACAAGCUGCUGGAUAAGGAAGACGUGACGCUGCAGGAGUUGUUGGAUGGGGAUGACAUCCUGCAGGAGUGCAAGGCCCAGAACCGGAAGCUGCUGGACUUCCUGUGCCGGCAGCAGUGCAUGGAGGAGCUGGUGAACCUUGUCACGCAGGACCCGGCCCUGGACAUGGAAGAGAAGGUCCGCUUCAAGUACCCAAACAUGGCCUGCGAGCUGCUGACGUGCGACGUGCCACAGAUCAAUGACCGGCUGGGAGGGGAUGAGGCUUUGCUGAACCUUCUUUACAGCUUCUUGGACCGCGAGCCGCCCCUCAAUCCUCUGCUCGCCAGUUUUUUCAGCAAGACCAUUGGCAAUCUAAUUGCAAGAAAAACUGAACAGGUGAUUGUGUUCUUGAAGAAGAAGGACAAGUUCAUCAGCCUGGUGUUGAAGCAUAUCGGCACCUCCGCCCUCAUGGACCUGCUGCUGCGUCUGGUCAGCUGCGUGGAGCCUGCCGGGCUCCGACAGGAGGUCCUGCACUGGCUCAAUGAGGAGCAGGUCAUCCAGAGGCUCGUGGAGCUGGUCCACCCGAGUCAGGACGAAGACUGGCUGGUUCCAGCCUGUACUCACCCGCAAGGAGGCAGCUCCGGAGGAAACCCCCUGUGGCAGAAGCAUGCAGGGUGGCUGCGGUGUCACUGUGGAGAGUGUGAGAGGCAGUCCAAUGCUUCCCAGACGCUCUGUGACAUCAUCAGGCUGGGCAGAGAGCAGGGCAGCCAGCUGCACGAGGCUCCAGAGCCAGACCCCCUCCUCACAGCACUGGAGUCGCAGGACUGCGUGGAGCAGCUGCUGAAGAACAUGUUCGAUGGAGACCACACGGAGCUCUGCCUUGUCAGCGGGACGCAGGUGCUGCUCGCCUUGCUGGAGACCCGGCGGGCCGGGACAGAGGGCUUGGUGGACGCUUGCUCUCAGGGACUGGACAGGCCGUGCACCGUCAGCAGCGGCAUCCUGCAUGGCAUUGAGCCGCGGCUGAAGGACUUCCACCAGCUUCUGCUCAGCCCGCCAAAGAAAAAAGCGAUCCUGACCACCAUCGGCGUGCUGGAGGAGCCCCUGGGCAGCGCCCGUCUGCACAGCGCCCGCCUCGUGGCUGCACUGCUGCACACAAACACGCCCAGCAUCAACCAGGAGCUCUGCCGGCUCAACACCAUGGGCUUACUGCUGGACCUGUUCUUUAAGUACACCUGGAAUAACUUCUUGCACCUCCAAGUGGAACUGUGCAUAGCUGCGAUCCUGUCCCACGCUGCCUGGAAGGACAGGGCCGAGGCCAGUGGACCUGAGGGCAGGCUGGAGCCUCCACCCCUCAGCGGGGACCCAGAGACCCCCCAGCCUGCUGCCAGCUGCCCCGAGAACACGAUGGUGACCCAUCUGUUCCAGAAGUGUUGUCUGGUCCAGAGGAUCCUGGAGGCCUGGGAAGCCAACGACCACACACAGGCAGCAGGCGGCAUGAGGCGUGGGAACAUGGGCCACCUCACCCGGAUUGCCAACGCGGUGGUACAGAACCUGGAGCGGGGCCCCAUGCAGACCCCUGUCAGCGAGGUCAUCCAAGGGCUCCCUGAAGACUGCCGUGGGCGGUGGGACAGCUUCGUGGAGGAGACACUGACGGAGGCCAACCGCAGGAAUGCGGUGGACCUGGUCAGCACCCACCACCUUCACCCCUCCAGCGAGGAUGAGGACAUGGAGGGCGUUUUCCCCAGCGAGCUGUCCCUUCAGCAGGCAUUCUCUGAGUACCAGGUCCAGCAGAUGACGGCCACCUUUGUGGACCAGUUUGGCUUCAGUGACGAGGAGUUUGCCGAGCAGGACGACAGCGUCAAUGCCCCGUUUGACAGGAUUGCAGAUAUAAGCUUCAGUGUGGACGCUGACGAGGACAGCCCUGGCGCAGCUCUGUUCGAGGCCUGCUGCAGCGACCACAUUCAGCCCUUUGACGAAGAGGAUGACCUCUGGGAGGAUGAGGAGCCGCACCAUGCCGCCCGUGUGACCAGAGCCAGGUUUGGGGGCCCUCGUGCUUCAGAGAGCUGCUCAAAGGAUGGCCUGGAGCGUGGAGUCCAAGUCGGGGAAGGGAGCCUGGGAGCAGAUGGGGAUGCCGUGCGGGCAGGCGCCUCUUGGGCUGUUGCCCCGACGGAGGGUCCUUGUGCUGAGGGUGGCUCGAAAGGAGCCACGUGGCCAGUGUUUGAUGAGCCAGUGAACUCGGCCGCCUCGGUCCCAGGAGUGGCGGUGGACGUGGGUUCCAGCGUGUGGGCGGUCAGUGCCCCCAGCGCCUCAGCUCCAGAGGAGAAAGGCUGGGCCAAGUUCACUGACUUCCAGCCUUUCUGCUGCUCUGAGUCGGGGCCCAGAUGCAGUUCUCCGGUGGACAUGGGUCCUAGCGAUGCCCAGGGUAGCCUGAACCAGGGCCCAGAGAGAACACUUGGCCCGGCUGUCCCCAGUGCCUGGAACGUGUAUGUCACCAGGAAGGCCCCCCUCGUAGCCUCCAGCAGCCAUGAGGACGAGAAGGUGGCAGGUGCCUUGGAGGCUGUCAGUGUGGGUCCUGGCCACAAGGCCCCCCAGCUGCCUGUGUCAGUCCCCAGGGCUGGGUGCGCCACCAGCACACCACCAGACCCCGCCCCCCCUGCGCCUGCAGAAGAGACUUCUCCCUCGGGCGUGGCUGUCCUCCCCAGGGCUGCCAUGGCAGCCACCACAGUACUAGACGACUCUGGCCCCACCCCAGCCACCUUGGCAGCCUCUCCUGUGCUGUCCUUGGCCGUCACCACAGCCCCAGCCAGCCCAGCCCUCUCCACGGUGGCCACCCUGGGUACAGUGACAAGGGACAGGCAGACAGACGUGCCGCCGCCUGCAGGAGCCGCCUCAAACGGCCCCGUGUGAUGCUGCUGCCGGCCUCGCAUCCCAGCCAAGACGACCACCUGGUCACGCAGUUUGUCUUUUUUAAUUUAAUUUAAUUUAAUUAAAAAAUAAAUGCUGCAUUGUUAAAGCUGGCAGUUGGAACCAGUCGGACGGCCCAGCCUGCGUUUCUCCUGCCUGACCCCAAGUGGGCCACGAGGGUCUGGCCCCACGCACAGCAAUAAGGCCUCAGAUGUUGUGCUCUGUCUGGGGGAGCUGGGGCUGCGACCUCAGAUGCCACAAGGGCCCAGGGCUGGGCCUGGCACCACCAGCUCCAAGCCUGUUUUUACUGAUUUUUUUAAACAAAUGCAGAAGAGCCGCAUGUUUGCACUUUUUAUCUGACCACAGGAGAUCUCCAAGGCUCUGGGGAAAAUGCUGGUCUGGAGCUGGGCUGGCCAUACUGGGUCUUAGCUGCCCAGUGGCCCUGGGAGCUGACCUUAAGUCAGGCUGCAAAAUUUGACUGCCUUAAAAAAAUAUGCCCCUCCAUGGCCUGGCAGGGUGUCCUGGCCCUCACGCCACAGUGGGCAGUGGGGCUACCCAGCAAGAGCUGGCGGUGCAGGAGAGGGUACAGGGUGGGCAGAGACACCCCAGCAGUGCUGGGUGGGGUAGGGCCCGCACAGUUGGAGGGGGCAGGACUGAGCUGUCCUGGAGGGGUCUGCAGGGUUACUUUACAUGUUCUGAUCUUCUGUUGGGGCACCCAAACCCCCAACUCCCAAUAAAUGUGUUACUCUUACUGACA